AGCAGAGGAGGAAGAAGAAGUGGGAGGCUUGUGUGUGAAAGGGCUCAUUGUAGGAGGGAGGGAUGAGUGUGUGUGUGUGUGUGUGUGUGUGUGAGUGAGUGAGGACCCCCUCCUCUUUAACUAGCUGCUCAGCGGUGGAGGGAUUAGGAGAGUCACUGCCCAGCAGACCGGAGGGAGGGGGUGUACUGCAACAAGCGUGAAUCAUGAUCGCCGUCAUUACUACAGACUGGGAGUGGAGCCGAAAUUGUGCAAGAUACGGAUAACGGCGAAGAAGGAAAACGGUGGGGGGGCGGAAAGGCUCCGUGUGGAUUCCAGUACAAGUUCCCCAGCUUUGCCCCGUGAUCAUGCCUCACCGGGGGCAGCGCCACCUCCACUGCCGCCGCCGCCGCCGCUGCUGCCCGGAGCCGACGCGUUGUUCCGCCGCCUCCCUCACAUGUGCUCUAUGCUGAAGAAGCGACCGAGGAACCAGAGCAGCGAGGAACACUGAGCUCUUACUUUAAAAACACACACACACACACACACGCGUGGAUACUUCCCCUCCUUUCUUUUUUUCCUCCCACCGUGUCGGGGUCCUCAGGAGUGGACGUGGUGGCUGUUGCGGGGGGGUGGUGGACCGAGAAAUAAGUUGUACUUGUUGGUCCAACAUGGGGAACGCGGGGAGCAUGGACCAGCACGCUGACCUCAGAGGACACAACAUGCCCCUGAAGCUGCCCGUGCCCGAGCCGGCAGAGCUGGAGGAGAGGUUCGCGAUCGUCCUGAAUUCGAUGAAUCUUCCUCCAGACAAAGCACGACUGUUGCGGCAGUAUGACAACGAGAAGAAGUGGGAACUCAUCUGCGAUCAGGAGCGAUUCCAGGUGAAAAACCCGCCUCACACGUACCUGCAGAAGCUGAGGAGUUAUCUAGACCCAGCAGUCACAAGAAAGAAAUUCAGACGGAGGGUUCAGGAGUCCACCCAAGUCCUGAGAGAACUGGAAAUUUCAUUACGGACCAAUCAUAUAGGGUGGGUGAGAGAAUUCCUAAAUGAAGAGAACAAAGGGCUGGACGUGCUGGUGGAGUAUCUUUCUUUCGCACAGUAUGCUGUCACGUUUGAUGGAGACUGUCUGGAGAAUAACCCGGAAGCUACGAUAGACAAGUCGAAGCCCUGGAGCCGCUCAAUAGAAGACCUUCAUGGAAGCAGCACGCUGCCGUCUCCCAUCACGGGGAACGGCAUCACACGUGGCGGGCGACAUUCCACCAUACGUCAUCUCCUCUACUGUCUGCCCGUCUUCGACAGCAGAUCACCAAGCACGCUGAGCUGUCCAAAGUGCUCUCAAAUCAAACGCUCGAACACUCUGCCCAGCCGGCGAACGCUGAAAAACUCCAGACUGGUCUGUAAAAAAGACGACGUCCACGUCUGCAUCAUGUGCCUGCGUGCGAUCAUGAACUACCAGUAUGGCUUCAACAUGGUCAUGUCACACCCACAUGCUGUGAAUGAAAUUGCACUAAGUCUCAACAAUAAAAACCCCAGAACUAAAGCUCUGGUCCUGGAGCUCCUGGCGGCGGUCUGUCUCGUGAGAGGAGGCCACGAAAUUAUUCUCUCUGCGUUCGACAACUUUAAGGAGGUAUGUGUGGAGGAGCAGCGGUUUGAGAAGCUAAUGGAGUAUUUCAAGAACGAGGACAACAACAUUGACUUCAUGGUGGCAUGUAUGCAGUUCAUCAACAUUGUCGUGCACUCUGUGGAGGACAUGAACUUCAGGGUUCAUCUACAGUUCGACUUCACCAAGCUGUGCCUGGACGACUACUUGGACAAACUAAAACACACAGAGAGCGAUAAGCUGCAGGUGCAGAUCCAGGCGUACUUGGAUAACGUCUUUGAUGUGGGAGCCCUCCUGGAGGAUGCCGAAACCAAAAACGCCGCCCUGGAGCGGGUGGAGGAGCUGGAGGAGAAUAUGUCUCAUAUGACAGAGAAGCUGCAGGACAUGGAGAAUGAGGCCAUGUCCAAGAUCGUGGAGCUGGAGAAGCAGCUGAUGCAAAGGAACAAGGAUCUUGAAUCCAUCAGGGAAGUCUACAAAGACACCAGCUCGCAGGUUCACUCCCUGCGGCAGAUGUUGAAGGAGAAGGACGAGGCCAUCCAGCGAUCUUCUAACCUGGAGAAGAAGAUCCACGAGCUGGAGAAGCAGGGCACCAUCAAGAUCCACAAGAAGGGAGACGGGGACAUCUCCAUCCUGCCCUCGCCGCCUUCCGGCGUGGAAGGCGUGCUGGGCGUGCCGGGCGGCGUGAUCGGAGGAACAAUUGGAGCUGUCAGUCCAAACCAUGUAGGCGUUGCAGCGGGCACGCCUGCUCCGCCACCACCACCUCCUCCUCCUCCACUGCCAGUGAACGGCACAUUGCCAAACGGACCUUCAUUGGCCAUUCCGACAAUGGCGGCGCCUCCUCCGCCGCCUCCUCCACCGCCUCCUCCACCCCCUCCUCCACCCCUAGGACUAGGCUCAGGCCCUCUGCCUCCUCCGCCUCCUCCCAUGGCUCCACCACUGCCCGGCUGUGGGACGCCCACCGUCAUCAUGAACUCUGGGUUGGCCGAGGGACCCAUCAAACUUUUCUCCGUCAAGAUCAAGAAACCCAUCAAGACAAAGUUCCGCAUGCCCGUCUUCAACUGGGUCGCGCUUAAACCGAACCAGAUCAACGGCACCGUCUUCAAUGAGAUCGAUGAUGAGAGGAUACUGGAGGACUUGAACGUGGACGAGUUCGAGGAGAUGUUCAAGACGAAAGCCCAGGGCCCGUCCAUUGACAUCACUUUGAGCAAACACAAGAUCAUCCAGAAGGGACCCAGCAAGGUGACCCUGCUGGAAUCCAACAGGGCAAAGAACCUGGCCAUCACGCUGAGGAAAGUGGGGAAGGCGCCCGAGGAGAUCUGCAAGGCCAUUCAGCUAUUGGACCUUCGCACUCUGCCCGUGGACUUCGUGGAGUGUCUGAUGCGCUUCCAGCCCACAGAGAACGAGAUCAAAGUCAUGCGUCAGUUCGAAAAGGAGCGCAAGCCGGUGGAGACCCUGACGGACGAGGACCGCUUCAUGAUGCAGUUCUGCAAGAUCGAGCGGCUCAUGCAGAAGAUGACCAUCAUGGCCUUCAUCGGCAACUUCAGCGAGAGCAUCCAGAUGCUCACGCCGCAACUUCACGCAGUCAUCGCAGCGUCAGUGUCCAUCAAGUCGUCACAGAAGCUGAAGAAAAUUCUUGAGAUUAUCUUGGCACUUGGAAACUACAUGAACAGCAGCAAAAGAGGAGCGGUGUACGGCUUCAAGCUGCAGAGUUUAGACUUGCUAAUCGAUACCAAGUCGACGGACCGUAAGAUAACGUUGUUACACUACAUCGCCAAUGUGGUGAAAGAGAAGUACUCGCAGGUUUCUCUCUUCUACAACGAACUGCACUACGUGGAGAAGGCUGCAGCAGUGUCGCUGGAGAACGUCCUGCUCGAUGUGAGGGAGCUGCAGAGGGGCAUGGAGUUGACCAGACGGGAGUGCAGCAUGCACGGCCACAACACCAUGCUCAAAGACUUCAUCACACACAAUGAGAACAAGCUGAAGAAGAUGCAGGACGACGCCAAGAUUGCACAGGACGCCUUCGACGAGGCGGUGAAAUUCUAUGGGGAGAACGCCAAAACCACGCCGCCGUCCGUCUUCUUCCCUGUGUUUGUGCGAUUUGUUAAGGCUUACAGGCAAGCGGAAGAGGACAACGAGCACAGAAAGAGACAGGAGCAGAUAAUGAUGGAGAAACUUCUAGAGCAAGAGGCCAUGAUGGAGGAAGAGAAGAAGUCUCCCUCCCAUAAGAACAAGCGGCAGCAGCAGGACCUGAUCCAGGAGCUGAGGAAGAAACAGGUGAAAGACAGCCGCCACGUCUACGAAGGCAAAGAUGGAGCCAUUGAGGACAUCAUCACAGCCCUAAAGAAGAAUAACAUUACUAAAUUUCCCAAUGUCUACUCGAGGGUAAGGAACUCCUCCAGUAGCACGCCUGUAGUGGUGGAUGUGUCCAGAACCUGAUUUGAGGAAUCAGCCUUACAGGCGAGCGGACGCCGUGCGGAGGAGUGUCAGGAGACGCUUUGACGAUCAGAACCUGCGGCCGGUGAACAACAACAACGGCGAGGUGGUCAUAUGACGAGGGACCGGUUCAUGUGCUGGAAGGGAGGAGGCGAACAGGUGGUGGUGGGUGGGGGGGGAAGGACUGAGGGAUGUUGAGAAGAGGGAGGGACGGAAGGUCGGAUGCGGAGCGAAGGCUGACGAGCGUUGUAGCAACCGUAGAUAUGAGUAUGUAUAUAUAUUACAUAAGAAUACGUGUUGUUCCCUGUCUGUGGUAUCGUAGCAGCAUUUCACGAUGAAGGACUGGGAGGUGGACGGGAAUGAGUUUAAAGAGAAGUGUCUGAAAGGUUCUCGAACCUUCGACAAGCCAAGUGCCUGAACUUAUUCUUGUGCUCUAAUGUCACACUGUGUUCUGUUUCUCUGUUUUUUAAUAGCCCCACUUUGAAAGCAAUACAGUUUGACCUGGCUUUAAUGUUGCGACAUGUUGAAACUGGACUUUGUGGCUUUAAGAGCCGCGCGAGGAGACGCUUCCUUAAUGUAGAAUGUACGGGACACGUUCCCUUCAGAUGUCACAGAUACUGCGUCUCUUACUGACCAAGUUUCACACUCGGUUUUAUCUCGGUACAUUUUGGUGCUUUCUUACAUUCCUCUUUCUACACAAACAUGCAUCUCAUGAGGCUUCUCGUCUUCAACUACAAGGGCUGACGAUCAGGCAGGAAGAUGGUGGACCGAAAUGAAUUCAAGAUCUGAAUUAUUAAAAGAAAUUAAGUGUAAGGUUGAUGGAAAAUGAAUGAAAAAGUCCACGAAACAAUAAUUAUUUUUCAAAACGAGACCUAGGGCCUGUGCUAGGAAACAGGAUUUGCUGUUAUUGAGGUAACUUGAGUUUUAAGUCCUACGAACCUGGUUCACUUCUUACUGGAAUAAAUCACCGUGGUUACCUUUGCUGAACCGCUAACACAGGUUACCAGGACGAUGUUGGGUUAAGUUGAGCCAGAUAAAGGACCGAUAUCCUGGAUAUGUUGAACCUGGUUUGUACAGGUUACCAGGACGAUAUGUUAGGUUAAGUGAAGCCGGAUAAAGAAAACCUAUCAGGACAGGGCCCGAGCGAAUGUGAAUCGCAUCCAUCAAAUCUCUUCAUACUGAUCAGUGGUUACCGAAGUCUGACUCUGUCGCUCUUAAUCCAUAGAAGAAGACGCCCAGUUCCACUAAACUUUGCCGUUUGUUUCUGUGACAACACAGAAGUUUCACUGGUUUAUGGGAACAAGUUACCAAGAGUAUAAACUGCACGAUAGACUCGAUGAUCUCAUUGACAAAACUGGAUAUAACCCAUCGUUGUAUUUACAGGUUAAUCAUACUCCAGGCUACUGUGUCUGCUCACUUUAUUGUAAUUUUAAAUGUAUAGUAUUUAACCACUGAAAAGAUUCCUUUAAGCUCAUGUUUCCGUCGAGUCAUUCGAGUGACGGCGAAACAGAAGAACAAAAACAAAAAAGUUUCCUAAAUGUACAGAUAUUUUGCUACAAACCAUGUUUUUUUAUUUUCCCUUUUCACAUUUUACCAGAUGGUUAAUAUUGUACAUAUUGUUUAAACAAAAGUUUUCAUUGCCUUGUGCUAUACAACUUGAAUGUUAUUUUAACUUAUAGAUUUUUUUUGUUUCCAUAUUUUUUUUUCUUUUGUAUAUUUAAUGAAGCCAAAUGCAGCCGGGAAUCUACAGUAGUGAGUGAAAUCCUGUUAUGAAGCAGGAUCACGCAGUUUGUUUGUGGGUUUAUGUCACGUGCAUCAAACCCAGCUCCGGCGACAUGCAGCACGCUCAUGUUACUGGACUCGUUGUGAAACAUUAAACUGGUUUCUGUUGGUUGACCUGUGAUGAUGAGCUGGAAUGUGGCUCAGUGAUGCACCUUGUAAUCAUCUCCGUCUCUCUUUAACUACACCGUCUGUAAUAGUGUCAUUUCUCUAACUGGAUAAUACUGGCAUGUUUUUUUUUAAACUUUCACCAGAAAUGUAUUUUAGGCAGUUUAUUGCGCUUAUUACAAAAUAACAAGCUUUUUUUUUUUUUAUUAGGUGAUAUGAGAUUUUCAUUGAAUAUGAUCAAAUAAACUAUUUACAUUGA